GUUAAUUCUGAUUGUUGAUUAGUGUUAAUAUGAGUAUUUGGUGUGCUGAUGUUAUUCCAUACCCAUAUUUUUCAUUCAUGUUUAUUUGUCAAGACAUAUGUGCUGCCUUUCUCCAGGAGCUGUAACUGUUCGAGGUGGCGCCAUGUCCAAACCGUCGGCCAGGGAAGGCGGUGCCGUGUCGCCGCCGCCGGCCGACUCGGACUCACAGCUAGAGCAGAUCAUGGCGGUGACGGCGGCCGACCGGCAGCGCGCCGCCGCCCUGCUGGCCGCCGCCGGCGGCAGCGUGCAGCGCGCCAUCAACAUACACUUUGAGGCGGAGCGUGUGCCGGAGCCGGCCUCCAACGGCGCGGACGCCGAGCGCUGCUCUCCGGCGCCGGCGGCGGCGGCCAGCGAGGUGGAGGGCGCCGUGCGCGCGCCCAUCCCGCCGCGCGCCGAGGUGAUGCUCGACCCGGCGCACAGCGCGGCCAACUACGCGCUGCCCUCGCGGCGCAGCCGGCUCCGCCAGACGGACUCUGUGUUUGACAAGUUCCGCGACUUCAGCGCCGAGAUCCGGCUGCAGGAGUCGCAGCUGGCCGGGCCGGGGCCGAGCCAGCGGGCCGCGCCGGCCGGCGCCGACCACCCGGAGCGCUACAAGCUGCAGACGCUCGAGGAGAUAUUCCGGCCGCCGCUGGAGCUGAUAUUCCGCGGCACCUUCCAGGCGGCCAGGGACCAGGGCAUCGCCGACAACAAGUGGCUCAUGGUGAACGUGCAGAACACGGAGGAGUUCGCCUGCCAGGUCCUCAACCGCGACGUCUGGUCCUCGCACAAGGUGCGCGACAUUGUACGAGCAAACUUCAUCUUUUGGCAGGUGUACCACGAGAGUAGCGAAGGACUCAAGUACAAGACGUUCUACCCUGUGUCCAGCUGGCCUUACGUCGCGAUUCUCGACCCGCGCACAGGUGAACUGCUACGAACCUGGUCCAAAUUGGACAAGAACUCGGCCAUCGAACUGCUCAUCGACUUUCUGGAGGCGCACAAGUUCUCGGAGGACGCUCCGCCGACGCCGAAGCGGCCGCGUGUGGACAGCGUGCUGGAGCUGGACGAGGAGGCGCAGCUGCGACUGGCUAUCGAGAAGUCGCUGCAGCACGACCAGCCCAGCGGCCGGCGCCGACCCGUCGUGCCCGACUCGGACUCGGACGAGGACGACGCCGACUUUUGGGCCGAAAGCGCCGAUCUGUCGACGGUGACCUCGGCGCCGCUGUCGCCGAGCCGGCGCAGCGAGCGCGUGUCGCCGGCGCCGCCGGCCCACCGCCCGCCCGAGAGCGGCGACAGGCCACCCAGAGCGACCGGGGACGGCGGCCCGGCCGACCAGGAGCGCAGCGGUACAGCGGAGACGGCGCCGGAGCGGGCCGCUGCGGAGACGGCGCCGGAGCGGACCACUGCGGAGACGGCGCCGGAGCGGACCGCCGCGGAGACGAAAACAGGGACUGAGAACGGAACCAACGGCAGCGGAUCGGCCGCCGAUCACAGAACCACCCAGGGCGACAACACAGAGGCGAAAUCUCCAACCGAAAACGGUGUCGGUGAUGGCAAACCGGCGUGCGGUGCCGGCAGUCGGGGACCGCAGUGUGCGCCGGUGUCUGUCGGCGCGGCGGCGGAGGAGUGGCGCCGCCACCUGGGCAGCGCCACCGACCCGUCGUGGACGCUGGCGCUGCGCCUACCCGACGGCAGCCGGCUGCAGCUCGAGCUGCCCUGCUCGUCUCGGCUGCGCUGCGUCACCGAGUACGUGCAGCAGCUCGGCUACCCGGCCCGGGAGCACGUGCUGCUGGCCACCUUCCCGCGGCGCGAGCUGUCCGCACCGGAGCGGGCCGACCAGACGCUGCGCGAGGCCGGCCUGCACCCGCACGACACCGUCUUCGUGCAGAGCCGGUAGGGUCAGACUGUCCAUCCCGCCCCUCUCGUCCUUGUCUGUCAUGUCAAUUGUGUAUCGAAGGAGACGUUCCUAGCAUCGUUAUUUUCUAUCAUCGCAGCUGGAAAGGAUCGUGGGUGUUCACUGUUCGUGUUGUAAAAAAGACUACUACAUAAUACGAGAGCGUGCCUUUUUAUCGUAUUUAAGCCAGGUUUCUAAAGACAGUGCUGCAUUCAUCCAUACCACGUUAUGUUGAUGGCGGUUUAUCGCUACCCGAGCAGUACCUAUUUCAGAGCUCCGCAGAGUUGGUGUUGGUGGGGUGGUGUUGUGUGGUGCCGAACUGGUGCUUGCGCCGCGUGUUUUCACCAGUAGUACAAGUGUUAUGAGCGAUCGUCAUUCAUUUAAUAAAGUUUUCAUCGAUCACA